CAAAUAAAUAAUGAAUAACCACCGGCUCAGCUUGAUUUCUCUUCUUUAUUUUCUCCUCGUUUCCUCCUCUUGCUGUAACCUCCGUACUGCACCCCUCCAUUGACUUGCUCCCCAUCACCUUCCUUCGCCUACCCCGCCCCCGCCCACCAUGCCCGCCGCACUUCUAAUCGGGGCCAUCACCCACUCGCGCAAAGAAUGGGAAGACCUAGCAUCCACGCUGACCUUGCAGGAGUUCCCCUCAGGGUCACGGGAAGAAUUCAUCCGCAACUGUCAGGCUGGACAGUACGACGAGGUGGAGGUGAUUUAUCGGUCUAAUACCUCGACAAAGUUCACUGGCCCGUUUGACGCCGAGCUGCUCGCCGUCCUGCCGAAAUCUCUCAAAUACAUCUGUCAUAAUGGUGCGGGGUACGAUAAUAUUGAUAUCUCGGCUUGUACGGAGAAAGGAAUCGCCGUCUCCUCCACCCCCGUCGCGGUCAACAAUGCCACCGCGGACGUGGGCAUCUUCUUGAUGAUCGGUGCGCUACGACAGGCGUAUGUUGCGCUAUCAGCCCUUCGAGAUGGACAAUGGCUUGGAAAGGCCACGCUUGGUCGUGAUCCCCAGGGAAAGGUGCUUGGGAUUUUGGGUAUGGGGGGGAUUGGUCGUGAAAUGGCAACCCGCGCACAAGCCUUCGGGAUGAAAAUCCAAUACCACAACCGAACGCGCCUAUCCCCCGAACUCGAAGGCACGGCGACCUACGUCUCCUUCGACGAGCUGCUCGCAAACGCCGACGUGUUGAGUCUGAACCUGGCCCUGAACGCAUCCACGCGCCAUAUCAUCGGCGAGACAGAGUUCCGCAAGAUGAAGGAUGGGGUUGUGCUUGUUAAUACCGCGCGGGGGGCGUUGAUUGAUGAGAAAGCGUUGGUUAGGGCGUUGGAUGAGGGGAAGGUCCUCUCUGCAGGUCUCGACGUCUACGAAAACGAGCCGGAAAUCGAGCCCGGGCUGGUGAACAAUCCCCGGGUGAUGCUGCUGCCGCACAUCGGGACGAUGACCUACGAGACGCAGCGGGAGAUGGAGCUGUUGGUGCUGAGUAACUUGCGGUCGGCGGUUGAGAAGGGGGAGAUGAUUACGUUGGUCCCGGAGCAGAAGAAGGUGUUUGGGAAGUGAAGAGAAGUAAGUAAAUGGAGGUAAAGGGAAGGGGUUUCUGCAGGGUGGAUAGGUGGAUCGUUUAUCUAUCUAUCUAUAUACAU